AUGUCGCAGUCAACGAAUCCCAAUCCUGGGUUCGUCCCAGAGUCAUGGAGUUUAUAUGGCGUGGGCGCAUUCUUCGUCGUGCUGCGACUGAUCGGCAAGAUCAAACGGGUGGGCAUCAGGCACCUGGAAAUCGACGACGCCCUUAUCGCCUUCGGAUUCGUGGCCUACACCAUCCUCGUGGUGGCUUUUAACCAAAUGCUGGAAGGCCCGGGGUCCAAUCUGAUGACGCCGCAGGAGGAAGCUGCACUUACACCCGAGAUCAAAGCAGGGCGCAUUCGCGGGAGCAAAUGGGUCUUUGUGUCUGAGCAUGCGGAACUCCUCACCAUUUGGAGCAUGAAGGCCGCCAUGUUGGUCCUGUAUGCGAAGUUGAUUGACAAGACUCGACAGCGCCGAUUCCUCUGGGCGGUCUCAACAUGGGUGUGCUGCGCUUUCGUGGGAGAUGAACUGGCCCUUUUUACCAUCUGCCGACCCCUUUCGCAGUAUUGGGCUGUUCCGCCGCAGAAUUCCCAAUGUUCGACCUAUCAAUACUAUCAAAUCGUCAACGCCGUCUUCAACAUCUCAACUGACGUCCUCAUCAUGCUCAUGGGUAUCCCUCCGGUAUUGUCGGCGCGCCUCUCCCUCCAGCAAAAGUUUAUCCUCGGCAUCAUCUUCGGAAUGGGUGGUUUCGUGAUCGUCGCCGCCAUCCUGCGGGCGAUCUACUGCCUCGUCCCGUCGUUGAUCUCCUACGUUUACAUGAACUGGUAUUUCCGCGAGGCGUCCGUGUCCAUCUACGUGACAACGCUGCCGGGGAUCUGGGUGUUCCUGAAGGAGAUGUUCCCCAUCAUCCAGCGUCUGACAAGCCGGCCCGCCACGAGACCGACCAACUCCCGCACCGUCGAGAACCAGAAACAGCCCCCCUACUGGACGGAGCCCGCCAGACACAACCGCAGCCACUUCGACGCCAAGGACCUGGACUACGACCUGGACACAUACCCGAUCAGCAAGUCCAUGGUCACUUCGGCGGAGAGUGACCUCGGAGGCCACGGUGGCGGUACCCGCAGCGAGAGUACACAGGGCGAUGGCGAUUCGACGAACUCCACGCGAUAUGAUGCCGGCUUGCAUGAGAUCAGGUGCGACAAGUCAUUUACUGUCGAGAGCAUCCCCAGGGCGCAUCCUUGA